AUGUAUCCCAGAAAGGAGUAUCCCCAGAUGGUGGGGUCCGGCUUCCGAAAGAAGAAAGAAGUCUCCCAGCUGGUUCCUGAUGGGGAGAAGCCCCACAAGUGCUUGGAGUGUGGGAAGAGCUUCAAGUGGAACUCCCACCUGAUCAUCCACCAGAGGAGCCACACUGGGGAACGGCCCUACGAGUGUGAUCAGUGCAGGAAGAGGUUUCAGACCAGCUCUGAUCUCCUCCUGCACCAGCGCACGCACACAGAGGAGUGGCCCUUCUGCUGCCCCGACUGCAGGCAGGGCUUCAGGCACAACUGCAAUCUUGUCGUGCACCGGCGCAUCCACACUGGGGAGAGGCCCCACGAGUGUGGGGAGUGUGGGAACAGCUUCAGGCAGAGCUCCCACCUGAUCCAGCACCAGAGGACCCACACUGGGGAACGGCCCCACGAGUGUGGGGAGUGUGGGAAGAGAUUCAGACAUCGCUCCAGCCUGAUUGUCCACCAAAAGAUCCACACUGGGGAGAGGCCCUACGAAUGUUCCAAGUGUGGGAAGAGGUUUCGGAUCCACUCCCAUCUCCUCCAGCACUAUCAGAGUCACACAGAGGAGAGGCCCUUCUGCUGCCCCGACUGCGGGAAGGGAUUCAGGCACAACUCCAACCUCGUCACCCACCGGCGCAUCCACACUGGGGAGAAGCCCCAGAAGUGCUUGGAGUGUGGGAAGAGCUUCAGGUGGAACUGCCAACUGAUCAGGCACCAGGUGAUCCACACUGGGGAACGGCCCUACGAGUGUGAUCAGUGCAGGAAGAGGUUUCAGAUCAGCUCCAGUCUCCUCGUGCACCAGCGCACGCACACAGAGGAGAGGCCCUUCCGCUGCCCCGACUGUGGGCAGGGCUUCAGGCACAACUCCCAUCUUGUCCUGCACCGGCGCAUCCACACUGGGGAGAGGCCCCACGAGUGUGGGGAGUUUGGGAACAGCUUCAGGCAGAGCUCCCACCUGAUCCAGCACAAGAGAACCCACACUGGGGAACGGCCCUACGAGUGUGGGGAGUGUGGGAAGAGAUUCAGACAUCGCGCCAAUCUGAUUUUGCACCAAAAGAUCCACUCUGGGGAGAGGCCCUACGAGUGUUCCGAGUGUGGGAAGGGCUUUCGGAUCCGCUCCCAUCUCCUCCAGCACUAUCAGAGUCACACAGAGGAGAGGCCCUUCUGCUGCCCCGACUGUGGGAAGGGAUUCAGGCAGAACUCCCACCUCGUCACCCACCGGCGCAUCCACACUGGGGAGAGGCCCUACGAGUGUCCCCAGUGUGGGAAGAGCUUCUCCAGCAGCUCUCACUUGACCCGACACCAACGGAGGCACCGGUGAGGGAAGCCCUGCGAGUGCCCCGAGUGCGGGAAGAGCUUCGUGCGCUGCUCCAGCUCCAUCCCCCAGCGCAGGACCCACGCUGGGCACAGCCCUGGUGACCCACAUUCCCUGUGAUCCCUGUUGGGAACACACUUUCCGCAGUCGG